AAUGUUUAGCGGGACGUUCCGGUCAAUGUGAAAUAUUCAUCUUUAAACAUUUCUUGAUAAUUAUGUCUAUUAUCGACUCGCUGACUAAAGCACAGAGAGCACGCAACGAAGAGUGGCCAACUGAAAUAACGCUUUUUCAACCAUUUGAAAGUAUGUAAAAUUAAGAGGAGAUCAAAUACUUUUAGCCGAUUCCGCGAACACGCGCAGUAUUAAAUGUUUAUUACGCCUACAUCAACUAGAUUUUAAGGUAGAAUGUCGUAGAAAUGCUGAAUACAUGUCUCCAGAUGGAAUACCUUUCUUAAAAAUUGGAAAUACUUUCAUAUCCCAAUUUAUCAACAUAGUCGACUUUUUAACUAUAAAAGAAUGUAUAUUAUACGAUACUGCUUCUGACGAAGUGAAAUGUGACGUCAUUGCCCUGUGUUCCCUUCUUUUGAACGAAGUUACGAAAUGCGAGCUCUAUUUGACAUGGUUGGUCGAUGACGUUUUUUAUAAGGUUACAAGGCGUCGCUACGCAGGUCAUUUGUUCUUUGUUUUGAAGCAUUUAAUACCUUAUCAAAGACGAAAUCAAAUUCGUAAAGAGUUAGGAGAUUUUGCAUCAUACGACUUGAAAAAAGUCCUAUCAAUUUUAGAAUUAAAUCUAACUUGUAUAGCAGAAAUUUUACAAGAAAAUACCUUCGUAAUUGGUAAUGAUCCUACAGAAAUUGAUGCUUUAGUGUUUGGACACGUUUAUGCCCUUUUAACAACUGAUUUGCCUGGAAUUAAUGUUGUUCAAUACAUACCAGAAAAUUUGAAAAGAUUAUGCAAACGAAUGGAUGAUAUGUGUUUUAAAGGACAACAUCCAGUUUAAUAUAAUGUAUAUGCUAUUUAAUAAAAAAAAAGGAUUGAAAAUAAAAUAAUUAGUUCUAAAGUAUUAGACUUCUCUAUUACUAAAGAAUUGUAUGAAAGCU